ACACUGGAACGAUGCACACCCAACAGGAGGAGCGUUUAGGUCCGAUACGAGUUCCGCCGUCACCGAGUCGCCGCCCCUCCCAAAGGCGCCGAGCUAUCCUUCCCAUCGGUACCCCGUCCGCCUCAUGGCUUCCGCCAAGGUGGAUGAUCGUGGCUCAUUCGGAUCCAAAAGGUCACGCAGUGAAGGUUCUCGGAGUGAUGGAGAUUGGACCUGUCCGCAAUGUGGUAAUGUGAACUUCAGUUUUAGAACAGUGUGCAAUCGUGGAAGAUGUGGUGCUCCUCGACCAUCAGCCAGCCCAAAUUCUAGAAUAGGGCUGACACCUGUCCCUGGUGCUUUUGAUCGUCCUUUACCUGGUUACUAUGGUGGAGUUGGUGUUCCACCACAUAUGCCCCUUGGAUUAUCUGGUGGCUACGGUGCUCCACUUCCACUAUCUGGGAUGCGCUAUGACUAUGGUCCACUUAGCAGUCCAGGAUAUGGUCCCUUAUCUGCAUAUGGUCCACCAGGACCAAUAGGAGGCUAUGGUUAUGGUCCUGGUCCUACCAUGGACAGGUAUGGCUAUGGUUAUCGAGGAUCUCCAAUGCCGGUAUGCAAUUUGUUAUAUAAACUUUAUUUCAUGUUAUGGAUACUUCAUCUGAUGUUUUAUUUUUGUCUUAUUAUAUGCUUGGAUUCUAAGGUUCUGGGUCCAUGGUCUGGGGAAGAACUUCCUGAUAAUAGUGCUUCACGUAAACGUCGUGGUGGUCCUGAUGGGUUAUUUGAGGGUGAUUGGAAAUGCCCUAAAUGUGACAAUAUUAAUUUUGCCUUUAGAACAACUUGCAAUAUGAAGAAAUGUGGAGCUCCCAGGCCUGCUUCUGCUUCCAAUCGUGUCGACAAGGAUGUGCCAGGCGCUCCAGAAGGCAGCUGGACCUGCCCCAAGUGCAACAACCUCAACUACCCCUUCCGCAAUGUCUGUAAUCGGAAAGGAUGCGGAAGCGAGAAGCCUUCUACAAGCUGAUGUUCAAUUUUGGCUACUGCUGCGGUUCAAAGUGAUGUAUUGCAACCUCUUCAUAUAAUUAUCAUGUCAGCACUUUGGAUAGGCAAACAUACAAUCCAUAGUUUAGCAUGGGACUGAUUUAUCCUUGUAUUAUUAGUUUGUUGCGGUAGUUUGUAGGCUUUGCCAAGCAUCUAGACUGACGGGAGUAAUCUCAUGUAGUCAUCAGAUUUUUAUUCAAAUUGCAUCUUUUGCAUCUGUAACGAUGGUUCCAAUGUUAAUUUUUUGAUUGUUUUC